AUGUCUUUAAUAGAUAGCUUUGAUUCAUUGAACUUUCAUUUAAAAUCCACGAUCCCUUCUGGUUCACCGCCUAUAUUCCUCACUCCUGACAGUUCAAAAGCUCAGUUUAAUGAUUCUCCUAUGUGGAUUGGCUUAAGUACACAAAAUGUACGACGAGAAUUACUUCGAGAACUUCAAAAAGAUAAGGAAAACGAAUCGAAACUGAAAAAGCAUGGCGCAACAAAUAUCAUGGCAAAUGCUAGCCAAGCACCAUCAAUUGAAAAUCAAGUACAAAAAACUGUACUCAAUACAAAUAGUAAUAAACUUUAG